CGUGUCAUGAUAAAAUUCGGGAAUAGUGUCCAUAUUUUCUCGGGCAAUUUGGUUUCUUGCUUCCUGCACAGCUCUGCUCUUGCUCGAUCUGCUUGUGAAGGCCGAGUGAUCCUCAUCUCUUCGUUUAGGGCUUUCUCCGUUGGCUUUUGGGGCCUCCAAUUCCUUCAAUAGGCAUCUCUCCGAGGUUUUUGUCGAGCAUUAGGGUUUCUGGAUCCUGAUACAAGCUAGGUUUCGGCAAAAGGAUCGGCUUUUCUCUGUUAUAUAUUUUCUUCAACUUAGAUUGAGGCUGAAGAUCAUUUUGUGUUCGGAGUUUGGUGAAGCGGUGGAGAAAUCAACCUGUCAAUGUUGUUCUGAGGCAGUUUUGGGCGCUUCUGAUAUAUUUUUUUUAUCGGGCUGAAGGGGUUAGGGUUCAAUGUCUUGGUCGGGCGCAGAAGAUCUUUUUCUGUCCACUUCCCUCGCGAGCUAUCUUGACAAAAAACUCCUUGUUUUGCUAAGAGAUGGAAGAAAACUGUUGGGUAUUCUUCGAUCUUUUGAUCAAUUCGCAAAUGCUGUUCUUGAAGGGGCUUGUGAGCGAGUAAUUGUUGGAGAUCUCUAUUGUGAUAUCACCCUGGGUCUGUAUGUAAUCCGCGGAGAGAAUGUAGUCUUGAUUGGAGAGCUGGACCUUGAGAGGGAUGAGCUCCCUUCACAUAUGGUAAAUGUUUCGCCGGCAGAGAUAAGAAAGGCCCAAAAAGCUGAAAGGGAUGCCACAGACCUAAAAGGCUCCAUGCGAAAGCGAAUGGAGUUUCUUGACCUGGAAUAGGAAUUGCUCAUCCCAUUCUGUCAUUAUGGUGAAAGUCCAAAAUCAUAGUUUCCGCACAUUUUAUCGCGGUUUUCUGGUAAUUAGCCUUUUUAGGCUUUUCUCUUCUUCCACAGUGCAGAAGAACAAAAAGAAAAAAAAAACAAAACUUUCACAGGAUUUGUUCCUUUAUUAUAAACUUUGUACUUGUCAAUUAACCAUUCAUAAGUUUAUGUGACUUAUAUGUUGAUUGGUGGGUGUCAGACUCAUCUCUUGUGGUUACUGUAACGGAGUUCAAUGUGUUCUUAAGUAAUUUCAGGUUUCUAACCUGCUAUUCUUUUAAUUGUGCUGUGGCACAUUUAAGCUUCACAAU